GCACACCGCGGGGAUGAGUCGCCUCCCCGCCGCGCAGGGUGUCGUCUCACCGCCCUGGUGAACUGGAAGCAGAGACCGUGCAGGACCUCAGCCCUGUUUGCUGCAGCCAACACGGUGUUCUGGUUUGUGGCCCUCAGCUCGGUCCGAGCCUAUGGCCUCCUGGCCAUCCUGCUGGCUCUGCUGCUCAUCACGGCGACAGCCAGAGACAUUGCUCGGUCCAGAGCCUGUGAUGACGGAGCUCGCUUGUGGCGCAGGCUGACUGCAAGGUGGGAGAUCAUUGACUCAGGCCAGGACCGCCAGUCCAGGACUGGACCUCAGCUCAGCGACUCCCUCAGAGUCUUCCUCCAAGAGACAUCGGCUUUCAAACAACAAAGCCCAGGCAAGUUUUGCCUGCUGGUCUGCAGUUUGUGCACCUUCUUUGCCGUCUUAGGACGCUACAUUCCAGGGGUUGUUAUAUCAUAUAUUCUAGUGCUGGGCGUUUUCCUGUGGCCUCUGAUUUCAUCUCAUGAGGUCAGAUUGUGGCUGGAGCCAGUUCUACAGAAGCUGGACUUUGGCAUCGGGGAGAUCCUUCAGAAAAUCAAAAGGAAGCAUGAGCAGAGAGUCAUCCAGGCCCAGACUGAGAAAGAGGGCAUCGAGUCAGACCUCUCCUCCAUGUUUCCCAAGCUUGACUCCACAGCGUGUAAGGAAAUGUCUGUGUCGGACACAGAGGUGUCUGACGUGACGUGGACGGACAACGGAACUUUCAAUCUGUCAGAAGGACACACACCACAGACUGAGAACUCAGAGGACCUCGACAGAGAAGAAGUGUUCACUGGUGGCCUCCCAGAAUUCCCUUCACUUGACAACGGGGCAACGACCAAUGGCGAUGACGAUGAUGACCUAAGUCUCGGCCUUCCCUCGCCUCCACCUCAGCCCCAGCAGCCAAUCAAAUCCAAGCAUACACCUUCUCACGAAGACCAACUCACUGACAAAGCACUGGAAUUGGUCAGCCAGAUGGCAGGAGAUGUCAUCACCGCCGCAGUCACAGCCGCCAUCCAUGAGAGAAUAGUAGCAGCUGUCAGCUUUACUGCGCUGAGUGAAGACUCGAUGCGGUCCAGACUCCCAGAAUCCACCAGGCUACUGGAGUUGGCUGAGGAGUCGGACAGUGAGGUGGAGGACUUUGAGCUGCUGGACCAGUCGGAGCUGGAACAACUAGAGGGGGAGCUGGGACUGGGAGAGGAGAAGGCCCAGGCCAAAGAGGAGGCUCAGGAAAGGAGUGACAAGCCGGUCACCUCUGGAUUCCUCUCCAAACUCCUGAGACGCCACUGAUUGAUGAAAGGUAUGGUUGACAAGAGAGGAGGACAGGUUACAAGUGACUGACCUAGCAUCUGGGACACCUCACGUUGUCCUGACAAAAAGAUGACGCUGUUAUUCCUUCUCUCACCGGGUUUGACAUCCCCUACGACAUGUGCUGUGACAUUCACCAAUAGGAACAGAGGGGGCAUCACUCACCAGUGUCAGUAGAAUACACAGUUAACAAUUAUGUUGCUCUAAUGGAGGUAUCCAAGCUGUGCAUGUUUCUAAUAGGUUUGGAGAGAUGUGUCUGAGCAGAAGAAAGGACGGGUGAGAACAUUUUACUGGAAACAUGGAGGGUGUCUCUGCCUGUGCCAUCUGUAUGUGUCACUGCAUAUUUAAUUAUUUAACUAUGUAUUUACAGUAGUUCCCUGUUAUGUGCCUACAGUUUUCACCGGUACUGCCCUGAGGAAGCUCAGAGCAUAUUGAUUAGCCUACUGUGUUAACAUGGAUGGACUCUGGACAGAUGAUGUAUAGUGUCUUCCCAUAAUAGACAUUUGCUACAUAAUCUUUAAUUAUUGUUUCGCUACAUAAAGAUGCAUAAGACAGUUAAGCUGUGGCUGAUGUGUAGCUUUUGUCCUUGGAAAUAGUCGUUAAACUAAAAAUGAACUCAAGGUUUCCUUAAGUUCUGUCAGACCUUUUAGCCACAUCUCAAAGCCUUGUGUUUUCAUGUGUUCUGCUGUCAUGGAGUGUACUGAAGAAGUAUUUGAAAAUAAAUACUUAAUUUGUAUACUGUAUGUAAGUGAUAUAUUAUUAGUAAAAAAAUAUUUUUUAUUCCUUUACAACUGUCUUAUGUUAUUUUAUCAGCCAUUUGUUAUUUGUUUAUAUACUUAAAAUGACCUUAUAUCUGCCUGCGACAAAACUAUAGUGUGUUAAAAGAAUUUAUUAACCUUAUAUUGCUUAUAAAUGCUAAAUAGUGGUUUAAAUAAAGUGAAAUAAAGUAAAUGUGCUCUGAAUCUCCCACGUGUCUGGAUGAUAAGGACUGUAAACUAAAACUGAUAAGCUACAAAUAAAAACAAAUACCAAACAUUUGGCCUUAUUAUAAUUCAAGCCAAAAUACUGUAUAUUGAACUGUAGAGACCAGUAUCCCUGCAGCAAAAUGUAUAAUUAACCGGUAACCCAAGGUGAUAUUUUGGCAGCAAUUGGAAAGCCUUCUUGUUAGAUUCUAUAUAACUAAAUGGCCAUAGUUUCAGAACUCUCCAGCUGCUGCUGCUACAGUUGUCACUGGGUCAAUUCCCUUAUUUGAUCAUUCCCCCUUCCUUGA